CUAGUGCAGUAUAAACACAUUACAUAGAGUCCCUUUAUUAUAAAACAAAGGUAUCCCCAGAGAAAGAAAGAGAGAGAGAGAGAGAGAGGAAAAGUCUCUUUCUUUCUUUCUUUCUAGUUUCUAGUUUAUACUCUCAAAAAUAUUUAUGCUCUGCGCAAAGCACCAGCAGAGGAAGCAUCUUCUUCUUCGUCGGUACUGCAUGCUUAGCUCUCACACAUUCUGCUGUUCAGGUUUCCUUGUUGGGAAACCAAGGUUCUCCCAUUCUGCUUCUUUUGUCUGCCAUGAAAUUCUCUUCUAAACAUGGGUGAAGCAUCCUUAGCUACAGUACCCUUUGACAGAGCAGUUGAACAGGCAAUUUUAUCCAUAAAGAAGGGUGCACACCUUUUGAAGUGUGGAAGAAGAGGGAAGCCCAAACUUUGCCCUUUCAGACUUUCCACGGAUGAGAAAUACUUGAUUUGGUAUUCCAGCCAGAAGGAAAAACAAUUAAAAUUGAGCUCUGUUACUGACAUAAUUUCUGGACAGGUAAGCUUUCAGAGGCAGCUUCAACCUGGAAAGGAAUGUCAGUCAUUUUCACUUAUCUAUGGUGAACGCUCACUUGAUCUGAUAUGCAAGGACAAAUUGCAGGCUGAUUGUUGGUAUGUUGGCUUGAGAGCUGUAAUAUCUAGGUUUCACCAUCCAAGACCGCUAAGCAGUUCAAGGAGCCGCAGAGGGAUACAAACUUGUGUCAACAGUCCUGCUGGUUUUUUUCGGAGAAAGCAUCAUCUAGGAAUUCUGGAGGAUACAACUGAACUUUCGCAGGUGCGCAGUGUAUGUGGAAGUCCUAGUCUAUCACUUUCAGAGAGGUGCUUUUCUGAUGGCUUAUCGUAUUCUUCUGAUUGCUUUUAUUCAUCGGAGUCGAUCCUAUCAAAUAUGCGAAAUGCAAUGGCUAUUUCGGUUCCAAAUUCUCCGUAUAUUGAAGCAGAUAAUAUGAACAAGAAAGGAUCAAUUCAUGCUAAUGCAGAAUAUGGAAAGAAUGUGCCUCAUAGGCAUGUUAUGCCUUGUGGAUCUCAGCAAAAAGAAAAGAACAAUAUUUUGAAGGAUGUUAUGAUUUGGGGUGAAGGAGUAGGAGGGAUUGUUGGUGGUUGGGUGGAUAAGUUUGGUCACCAUGAUGGAAUGCAAGUAGAUGCUGUAUUACCCAAAUUGUUGGAAUCCACCAUGAUGUUUGAUGUGCAGAACAUAUCUUUAGGAGGGAAACAUGCUGCCUUAGUUACCAAAAAUGGGGAAGUAUUUUGUUGGGGUGAGGAGAAGGGGGGUAGACUAGGGCACAAAAUUAAUAUAGAUGUGAGCUUUCCCAAAAUUGUUGAACCCCUUAUAGGGUUCCAUGUAAAAUCUGUUGCCUGUGGUGAAUAUCAAACAUGUGCUGUGACAGACUCUGGUGAGCUAUAUACAUGGGGUGAUAAUGGUUGUGGUGCUGAUUUAAUGGGUGAGGAGAGAAAUAGAAGUUCGUGGUUGCCAUGUAAACUUUCUGGCCCUUUGGAGGGUGUAAAUAUAUCACAUGUUGCUUGUGGGGAAUGGCAUACAGCGAUAGCUUCCACUUCUGGGCAGUUAUUUACAUAUGGAGAUGGGACUUUUGGAGUUCUUGGGCAUGGUAAUCUUCAAAGUGUUUCUCAACCAAAAGAAGUGGAAUCUCUCAAAGGUUUGUGGGUAAAAUCUGUUGCAUGUGGAUCAUGGCAUACAGCUGCUAUUGUUGAUGUCGUGGUUGACCGUUUCAAGUUUAAUGCUAAAGUUGGGAAAUUAUUUACAUGGGGUGAUGGGGAUGAAGGAAAGCUUGGGCAUGCUACUCAAGGGAGAAAGCUUUUACCAACAUGUGUUACACAACUCUUAGAUCAUGAUUUUGUUCAAAUUUCUUGUGGAAGAAUGUUGACAGUUGGGCUUACCAAUUUGGGUACAGUUUAUACAAUGGGAAGUGUGGUUCAUGGGCAGUUAGGGAAUCCACAGGCCAAAGAUAAAUCAAUCACAGUUGUUGAAGGGAAGCUUAAAGAAGAGUUUAUUAAGGAGAUAUCAUCUGGUUCAAAUCAUAUCGCUGUCUUGACAUCUAGUGGAAGUGUGUUUACAUGGGGAAAAGGUGCAAAUGGGCAGUUAGGAUUAGGUGAUUUAGAAGAUAGAUACUCACCAACUUUAGUGGAGACCUUGAGGGACAGAAAGGUGGAAAGUAUCUCUUGUGGAUCAAGUUUCACGGCUGCAAUCUGCCUACACAAAUCUGUUUCUGUUAGUGACCAAUCAGCCUGUAGUGGAUGUACAUUGCCCUUUGGGUUUACAAGGAAGAAGCAUAACUGUUAUAACUGUGGUCUCUUGUUCUGCCGUGCAUGUUGUAGUAAGAAGGUUACAAAUGCCUCUCUGGCACCUGAUUCAAGCAAGGCUUUUCGAGUCUGUAAUCCAUGUUUUACUAAUUUGCAGAAAAUUACACAUUCAGGUAGGCUAUUAAAACUAGAAAGUGGCAGUCCAAGGCAACUAUUGACCCAACGAAAAGUAUUCACUGAUGAGAAAGAAGAAAGGGGAGAUGUAACUCCCAAAUGGAGUCAGAUGUUGUCAAUUAGACAAUCUUGUACCAGAGGAAGCCAAUAUGGUGGAAGGAAGAAAUUAGAAAACAAAGGGGAAAACCAGUACCAUUCAGAACCUGUUUCUUCUUCAGGUGGGCUGCCACAAUGGGGGCAAGUCCCAUGCCCUCCCCUGUUUAAAACAUGUUGUCCAAAAAAUGCUGGAGCAAUUAUUCCUCUAGCAGAAAAUCAGUUAUCUUCUGUUUUGCCACUUCAUUCUGUAUCUGCUGCUUCCAGCGACUUAAAUGCAGAGAAAGGUAUAUCUAAGCCAGAUGAGAUGCUCAUGGAAGAAGUGCAGAGGCUGAGGGCUGAGGCUAGGAGUCUUGAAAAGCAAUGUGAGACUAGAAGCCAGAAGAUUCAAGAAUGUCAACAACAAAUUGAGGAAACUUGGUCCCUGGCAAAGGAAGAAGCUUCCAAGUGUAAGGCAGCAAAAGAGGUCAUAAAAGCUUUGGCACUAAAGCUUCAUACAAUGUCAGAGAAAGCCUCUUCUAAAAAGGAAGGCAAGGACGGAAUUCAUGUGAGUCUGCCUCAAAUCGCGCCAGUAUAUGCAGAUCGCAUUGAGGGUGUGCACCAUAUGAUUGUGGCUACACAUUUGCCUCCUGAAGUAGGAUUAUCAAAAGACAGACAAGUAGAUAGUCUAUCUAAUACACCUAUUGUAUUCUCUGAUACAUUAAAAUCCAAGUAUGGGAGACAAAUUUGCCAUGAAAAAACUAGAUCAGUUGAGAACUCACAUGACACAAGAACUGAAUCUCCAAAGAAUGGAAUUAAUGCAUCGAAGCCUGAAUGGGUGGAACAGUAUGAACCUGGGGUAUAUAUCACAUUUACAAGUUUGCCAAGCGGGCAAAAGGGGCUGAAGCGAGUGAGAUUUAGCCGAAAGCGAUUCACUGAGAGGGAAGCUGUGCGAUGGUGGGAGGAGAACCAAGUUAUUGUGUAUCAAAAAUAUGACAUUGAAGGAUAUAGCAACUCAUCAUAAUCAGAGGAAGAGAUAAUUUUAACUUGCCCUUUAUAGUUGAUGGUAUUGUCUACUUUCUUCCAUAGCCAGUGGAGAAUGUUAAAUGUUACAAGGAAGUUGCAGAGGAUGGAAAAGUUCUUCUAUCAUUGUAGGUGUCAUUCAUAUAUGUGAAGUACCUUUGCCUUUGUCAACCUGUGUACAGUUUUCAAUAAAAAGCAACUCUCUCUCUC